CUUUUAUUUUUACCCUCAACCCCAAAACAAAAACCCCUUCCACGAGGGCAAAAAGAAAAAUCAAAGACCCAAUCUUUCUUUCACUUCCCAAUCUCUAGAUGACAAUCCUUCUCCAAAUUUCCUAAAAACAUAUUCUUUUUAGAUCGAAAAUACAAUUUUAUUUUUUAAACCCUCCGUUACAAUGGCACAAAAUCUAGAACUGAGUCUUUUAUGUACAGAGACCAGCGUUGGUGAUGAAGAGAACGGCAUAAUUGUUGACAAAAUUCCAAUUUCUCAGAUGGGUUUUCCAUCGGAGAGCGAAGAGAUUAUCAGAGAGAUGAUGGAGAAGGAGAAGCAGCAUUUGCCAAGAGAUGACUACAUCAAGAGACUUAGAAGUGGAGAUUUGGAUUUGAAUGUCAGAAGAAGAGAAGCCCUCGAUUGGAUUUGGAAGGCCUGUGAAGAACACCAGUUUGGAGCAUUGUGUAUUUGCUUAUCAGUGAAUUACUUGGAUCGAUUCUUAUCCGUUCAUGAUUUCCCUAGUGGCAAAGCUUGGACAGUGCAGUUGUUGGCUGUGGCCUGUUUAUCACUGGCAGCCAAAAUUGAAGAAACUGAAGUCCCGAUGUUAGUAGAUCUUCAGGUAGGAGAUCCUCAGUUUGUGUUUGAGGCUAAAUCAGUCCAAAGAAUGGAGCUUUUGGUGUUGAGCAGGUUGGAAUGGAGAUUGAGAGCGAUAACUCCUUGCUCUUACAUAAGAUAUUUCCUUAGAAAGAUGAGCAAAUGUGAUCAAGAACCAUCCAACACCUUGAUAUCCAGAUCACUACAAGUGAUAGCCAGCAAAACCAAAGGUAUUGACUUUUUGGAGUUUAGACCUUCUGAAAUUGCUGCUGCAGUGGCACUUUCUGUUUCUGGAGAAUCGCACACAGUACACUUUGACAACUAUUCCUUCUCUCCUCUUUUCUCACUACUUCAAAAGGAGAGAGUGAAGAAGAUUGGGGAAUUGAUAGAGAGCGAUGGCUCAGGCUUCUGUUCACAAACACCCAACGGGGUUUUAGAAGUAGCAGCUUGUUGUUUCAGCUUUAAGACUCAUGUUUCUUCAUCUUCUCAUACACAUCUUUCCUAAAAGUUCCCUGUUCUCUUUUAUAUAUAUAAAGCAAAAAUUAUUUUUACUAUGUCUUGAGGGAAAAAUAAUCAUAGCAAAAAUCUAAAAUAAUAAAAAACUGGUAUUUCGAUUCCAAUUUUUAUUUUUAUUUCUGGCUUAAGAAUGAUGGAGGAUAUUAAGACUUUUUGGUUGGCA